AUGAGACAUUCCGCUACUGUAUCAGUUUCCUCGUGGCUCAAGCGACCGUUUAUUGGCGUGGAUACCUGGGCGAGUCGCGAGUCCCGUCGCAAACGACGCCGCGCAAACUCUCCUCGUCCUGCCAUGCUUCCUGCUCUCCGGCUCUCUUUCUCUCCUCCUCCCUCUUCAUCUAUCCUAAGCGAUACUGCCAGCAUCGACCUGCGUCGACACAUCAGCUCCCGCGGCUCAUCUGUUACAACACCGCACUGCACGAUGUGCUCCCGCAUCGACGCUGGACACUGCAGUUCCGCUGAUCAACCCACGACACUCACGGACCGGCCCAGUUCUGCGCAAUCGAUGGAGGAAAUAAUCUGGAUGAAAUCAGUAGAGGGGAGGAAUGGCCCGCUUGCCUGUCGCGACCAACCGAUACUCAGCGGGGAUAGCUCCUACGGCAUCGAGCAGGGAGCGUUACCAGAAAAGCGUUACCAGAAAAGCGUUUCUGGGGAUACAGUAGUAGUAGCAUCAUGCUUCUACCUUCCCUUCUUUCCCAAGAAAACUCAAGUGCCCGACGUAGACAGGUCCCUGCAUACCUAG